CUCGAUUUUCAAGUAUUACAAGGGUAGGAAAAGGGAGAGGUCGCGAGAAGUAACGGAGUGGAAGGCGGCGAUGGUGGACGUUGCGAGCACGGUGCUGCACGAGGUCUUGGGCCAGAAGCUGCAGGAAGUAGAUGAGCCCAUCGUCAGCUACAUCAUUAACGUCCUCGCCGACGACGAUUUCGACUUCGGUGAGGACGGUGAUGGUGCCUUCGAGGCCGUCGGUGAGCUCCUUGUUGACUCCGGUUGCGUCCAGGACUACGAAGAGUGUCGAUAUGUUUGCAACAGGCUUUCAGAAAGAUUUGGGAAACAUGGUCUCGUGAAACCUAAACAAGCUGUUCGAAGUUUAGCAACACCGAUGCGGAUGUUUGAUGGAAUGGAUGAUGAAGUACCAAAGAAACAACCAGAAGUUUUUGAUGGUCCAUUGCUAUCUGAACGUGAUCGAGCAAAGCUUGAAAGAAAGAAAAGAAAGGACGAGCGGCAAAGAGAAGCCCAAUACCAAAUUCAUUUGGCAGAGAUGGAAGCUGUAAAAGCAGGGAUGCCAGUUGUCUAUGUAAAUCAUGGUGGCAAUGAGAAUGGUCCAGCUAUUAGGGACAUCCACAUGGAGAACUUCACAGUUUCGGUUGGUGGAAAGGAUCUCAUUCAAGAUGCUUCAGUAACCCUGUCAUUUGGAAGGCAUUAUGGUCUUGUUGGGAGAAAUGGUACUGGUAAAACUUCUUUUCUCCGACAUAUGGCCAUGCAUGCUAUUGAUGGUAUACCGAAGAAUUGCCAGAUAUUACAUGUGGAACAAGAAGUUACUGGAGAUGAUACAACACCCUUGCAAUGUGUCUUAAAUUCUGAUGUUGAAAGGCUCAGGAUUUUGGAAGAGGAAGCUCGUUUGCUUUCCUUGCAGAGGGAUCUGGAGUAUGAGGCAGAAACAGGAAAGAGUAAUGGUGGCAUGGAUAAAACUGAAAUUUCAAAUAAGCUUCAGCAGAUAUACAAAAGGCUUGAAUUCAUAGAUGCAGAUUCUGCAGAAUCACGUGCAGCAUCAAUUUUGGCGGGUCUUAGUUUCACCCCUGAGAUGCAGAAAAAACCUACAAAAGCUUUUUCUGGUGGAUGGCGCAUGCGUAUAGCUUUAGCACGUGCCCUCUUUGUUGAGCCUGAUCUCCUAUUACUUGAUGAACCAACGAACCAUCUUGAUCUUCAUGCUGUAUUGUGGUUGGAAUCUUACCUAGUGAAAUGGCCAAAGACAUUCAUUGUGGUUUCUCAUGCGAGAGAGUUUCUUAAUACGGUUGUUACGGAUAUUCUUCAUUUACAUGGGAAACAGUUAACUUCAUACAAGGGAGACUAUGAUACAUUUGAGAGAACAAAAGUUGAACAGCUUCAAAACCAACAAAAAGCCUUUGAAGCAAAUGAAAAGGCUAGAGCACAUAUGCAGGCUUUCAUCGAUAAGUUUCGCUACAAUGCCAAGCGGGCAUCCCUUGUGCAGUCCAGAAUCAAGGCACUUGACAGGAUGGGGAUUGUAGAUGCAAUUAUUAAUGAUCCUGACUACAAGUUUGAUUUCCCAACCCCAGAUGACAGACCUGGCCCCCCAAUUAUAAGUUUUAGUGAUGUGUCAUUUGGUUAUCCAGGAGGGCCAAUCUUGUUUAAGAAUUUAAAUUUUGGCAUAGAUCUUGACAGUCGGAUAGCAAUGGUCGGUCCCAAUGGUAUUGGCAAAUCAACUAUACUCAAACUUAUAUCUGGGGAUCUUCAACCAACUUCUGGGACAGUGUUUCGCUCCGCAAAGGUGCGCAUGGCUGUAUUUAGUCAACACCAUGUAGAUGGCCUUGACUUAUCUUCAAAUCCACUACUUUACAUGAUGAGAUGCUAUCCGGGCGUACCUGAACAGAAACUGAGGGCCCAUUUGGGUUCCUUUGGAGUUACAGGCAACCUAGCUCUUCAGCCAAUGUAUACAUUGUCAGGUGGUCAAAAGAGCAGGGUAGCAUUUGCAAAGAUCACUUUCAAAAAACCACACAUCAUUCUCCUUGAUGAACCAUCAAACCAUCUAGAUUUAGAUGCUGUUGAGGCACUCAUUCAGGGUCUUGUGAUCUUUCAAGGAGGGGUUUUAAUGGUGAGCCACGACGAACAUUUAAUAGCCGGAAGUGUAGGCGAGCUGUGGGCGGUCUCAGAGAGCAGAGUGGCACCAUUUUCAGGGACUUUCCAGGAUUACAAAAAGAAGCUGAAGGCUUCUGGAUGAGAGUUCUCGGUAUCCGCUGUUAAUGCCCUUGACUCCACUCACAAUUUUAUUGCUCCUUUUUGUUGUUUGUAUCAACUCUAAAGAAAUUUAAUGUUUAAAUUCUAUAGAAGGUUUAGUAGAGAUGCUAAAUAAACUAAAGUUCAAAUAUUCUUCUAUUCCUAAAGGAAAUAGACUCGACUCAUGUUAAUUAUAUUCUUUAAAAAUAAUCAAUUGUAGUUCCAGUUGAUGUUUAAA